AUGCCGCGUUUGCAAAACCACCUUGACCAUAUCAAUCUCUCUGCUAAAUCGAUAGAUGAAAUACAAUUUCCUCCCUCACGGCCCUUUACGAACGCUCUAGUCUACAGUCAGGAGAUCACUCUCUUAAUACGUGAUACGGAACCUCAUGAGAAGGGUCUAUUCUCCACGGAUCCAAACAUCAAAAGUGGUAGAGACUAUGGUCACGACACUGCAGGAAGACGCAAAACUGUAGCUAGUGGCAGCCAGACGCACUCAUCGGCAGUGGCCAGAGUGUUAGGCAACGAUUUGGUGAAGAAGAUUCAGUCUUCCAAUCGCUUCAAUGGCCGAGCGCGUGGUGUUGACGUCGAAGUGUUGCUUCAUGGCGUCGAGAGGUUGUGUUCUGCUCACAGCUUGCCAGGCGCAACGGACAGAAUUGCAGCUCUGCGUUCCAAGAACGAGAAACUGUCCUCCUCCAUCAAGCGUUACGAGGACAAGAUUGUGCGCCAACAGUCUUCUCUGACCCAAUCCAAUGCAAGCUCGAUAAUGAAUGAUGCAAAAAUGCCCGAGGUCGUUGCGGAAGCCCAUCUAAAAGCUGAAGAAGAAGCUAUCAAGGAUCUCGAAGCUAGGAAGAAAGAGCUUGAAACAAGAAUUGCUGAAAUGGAAAGAGAUUUGGGUGGUUUGCGAGCUUGA